AAAUAAGGCGGGAAACGUCCGCCCCUCCGCUGGCGGAGCGAGUCACGGGGUAUUAAACCAGAGGAGCAGCUACAAAGUCCUCAGUUCGAAGUCGAAUUAGCUUCCCAAACAUCAUCAUCUCCCCAAUUUUUCGCCCCCGUCUCUUUGGCCCACCCGAGAUCGUACCACGUCGUAAUGCAUUGGCUGUCGUCUCUUCUCCUGCUGGGGGCCGUAGUAGGCCUAGCCCACCCACAGUGCCUCACUCCCAACGACAACUUCCAGGCGGUCCAGUACAGCACAGACCUGUCGGGCAUCACCGACUUCGGCCUAGACCUCUACAAACAGCUGUCUCCUGGGAAUUCCCCGAGGAACUUCUUCUUCAGCCCCUACAGCAUCUGGAGCGCCCUCUCGCUGGCCUACAUCGGCUCCGGCGGGGACACCCAGAAGCAGCUGGAGGCUGCUCUCAGGGUCUCCGGGAAGCUGGAGACCUUCCAACUCAUGAAGGCUCUGGACAACUUGUACGAACAGAGGACUACAAACAAUUCCUUGUACACCUUCAACCUUGCCAAUCGCGCCUAUGUGGAUGGCACUCUGAACGUGAAGCAGUGUGCCAAGACCAUCCUCCACAACGAACUUCGAACUGUUAACUUCCGUAAUAUUGGGGCCACCGCCAAGGAUAUCAACGAUUUCGUCGACGAAACCACAAAGGGCCGCAUCACCAACAUCGUGUCUCCGGCGGAUCUGGUGGAUGCUCUGAUGGUGCUAGUGAACGCCGCUUUCUUCAAGGGGACCUGGAAGUACCAGUUCAAGAAUUCCAACACCCAGAAGAAAGAUUUUUACAUCAGUGCCCAGGAUACGGCCCCUCUCGCCAUGAUGUCUCAGAAAGGAAGCUUCAGAUACGGCGAAUCGGUGAGCCUCGGUGCACGCAUCCUCGAACUGCCGUAUUCCGGAGAGGACAUCUCCAUGUUCCUCCUUCUGCCAAGAUCUGAUUUGCCCUUCGACACUCGCUUCACAAAUAUGAUCAACAAUCUAAACGCUGCUAAUCUCCAGGAGGCUCUCAACCCACGGAACAUGGCAUUCGUUGAAGUAGACGUCGAACUGCCCAAGUUCAAGUUUUCGAUGAAGCUAGGCGAACAACUGGAAACGGCCUUCAAGAAGAUGGGCAUUGUAGACAUCUUCGAUGCAAACCUGGCCGACCUGUCCGGCUUCGACGCCAGAAAGGACAUGAGCCUCAAGAAGGCAAUCCACAAGUCCUUCAUCGAAGUCAACGAGGAGGGGACCGAAGCCGCCGCUGCAACGGCCCUCGUGUUCCUGACCCGGUCCGGCGUGUCCAAAGCACCCCAGAUCGUCAGGUUCCACUGCAACGAGCCUUUCGUCUUCCUCAUCCAUGACAACCAGACCAGAAACGUCCUCUUCAUGGGAGCCAUCAAGAAUCCCCGGGGCUGACUCUUCCAGGAAUCUAGGUCCUCUUCAUCUGCUGCUUCUCUCUCCUCCUCCUCUUCCUUCUUUUCUCCUUUUUCCUUAUCUUCUAGAGUUCCAAAACUCCUUCUUUACCUGAGUAUUCUGAAGUUCCUCCUAAUCCUCUUCUGAUUUACCUUCUGCAAUGCUAGAGAGAAAGACAUCAGUUGAAAUGGACCUGGUCACGUUUUACAGACUACAAUAGCGGUCGUUAUUUAUUUGGCAUGUAUAUCUAUGUACAGAAUUGAUCCCAUGUGGGUAAUCAUUCCUUAACAUGAACUAUGUCACCCACAUUGCCUGUACAUUUCACAUAGAGUCUGAGUGUUAUCAAAACAUUUCUGUUUCUUGUAUCCAUUUUCCUUCAAUUCUUGUAGGUAAAUGCACAUCCACUUUAGAUAUUACUGUAUUUGUAUAAUAGUCUGUCACAUAUAUUACCCAUAACAUGUUUUUUAUACUUUGAAAUACUAUUGAGAUCCAAAUAACCCAUUGAUACCAAAUUCACUCUUGUCUUGGGAGUAAUUGGCACCCACAGGAAAUUUUAUGUAUAUGUAUAAUAUGUAUUUACUAUAUUUAUAUAUAUAAUAUAUACAUAUAUAUAAACAUCUAAUAAAAGUAGCCUAUAAAAAGGCCAAAAUGUAGAAAGUAAGUACUAAAUUUCUGAGACCAGCUGUCUCUCUGGUCUCUGAAAUAUAGAAUUUACUUUCAACAUUUUGGCGUAUUUAUGGGCUCCUUUUAUUAGAUGGAAUUCUGUUUUAUCAGAAUAUAUUUCACAGUCAAGUACGUAUAUGCACACAUAUAUAUACAUACAUAUAUAUGUAUAGUAUAUAUCCUUUUUAUUUAUUUGUAACAUCAACCUUCGCACACACACACACACACAGACCACUUUGAACAUUGUUGUUGAACUAAGCUGUCGUGUGACAACCGACAGAAAUUCUCUUCUGAAGCGAAAAGCACCAAGAGGCGUAUUUGUGUGACCUUGUAAAUAUUGAGUUCUUUUGUGUAUGAGAGUUCCUGAAUAAAAGUUUUAAUUUUGUA